CCGACGGCGACACGUCGACCAAGGCUGCACUUUCCUUCCAACCACGGCGUUCACGACAAAAUUCUAGGCGACAUCUGUACCAAACGGCACCACGUCCUCAAGGAGAGAUCCUAGGAUAGUAGAAUCUACGAUGUCCAUGAGGGCGCGCAGGCCGGCCUCGCCGCCGCUAGGCCACACAUCCCAACGCUUUCCCCACCGCAAGCAGGACCAUCUUGACGCUGAUGAGCGACGAGCGGCUGCGUCGCUAGGGCUUGGGCCGGGGCAAAAGAAGGCGUUUCCUGCAGGCGGCAUACGGAUGACGAGCGGCGAAUGGAAACUUCUCGUGUUCAUCACGCUCGUCGCGGCUGCUGUGCGGCUUUUCAGGUUAUCACGGCCUAAUAGCGUGGUGUUCGACGAAGUGCACUUCGGCAAGUUCGCGUCCAAGUAUAUCAAGACGCAAUACUUCGUGGACGUGCACCCGCCCCUGGCUAAACUUCUCAUAACACUGGCUGCAUUCGUUUUCGGUUACGACGGAAACUUUGACUUCAAAGAUAUAGCCAAAGUCUAUGACCACGUUCCUUACGUCGCCAUGCGCAUGGUCCCCGCCGUUCUUGGCGUCGCCACGGUCCCCAUCGCCUACAUCACCCUUCGCGCGCUUGACUGCCGCGCCACGACCGCGCUCAUGGCAGCGCUCUUCGUCACCUUCGAGAACGCGCUCGCGACGCAGUCACGCUUCAUCCUCCUCGACUCCCCCCUCGUCUUUUUCACCGCGCUUACCGUCCUCCUCUGGACCGGUUUUUGUAACGAGGACAAGCACAAGGCGUUCACGACCGGCUGGUGGACGUGGCUCGCGCUAUCCGGCCUCAGCCUCGGCGCCGUCUCGAGCUGCAAGUGGGUCGGCCUUUUCACGGUCGCGACCGUCGGCCUGAGCACCAUAAAGCAACUCUGGCUUCUGCUCGGCGACCUGAGGGUAUCGCCCAGGUUACUCAUGCGCCAUUUCAUGGCUCGGGCGCUGUGCUUGAUCGUGGUACCGAUACUGUUCUAUAUGGCCAUGUUCGAGAUCCAUUUCUUGAUCCUGGAGAACUCGGGCGAUGGCGACGGAUUCAUGAGCUCGGAAUUCCAGCAUACGCUCGGUGGCAAGGGCAUGGCCGAUACCUACGCGGACGUUGCUCUGGGCUCUGUUGUGAGCAUCCGGCAUGUUAACACCCAAGGCGGCUAUCUUCACUCUCAUCCGCACACCUACCCCGGCGGAAGUAAACAGCAACAAGUCACUCUCUACCCGCACCGCGACGACAACAACAACUGGAGGGUCGAGAACGCGACCGUGCUAGACGACCACUUCUUCAACUGGGAGACGGACCCCAUCCGGCCCGUGACGGACGGGAUGCGGAUCAAGCUCCAGCACGUCAACACCGAGAAGCGCCUGCACUCGCACGAGAUUCGUCCGCCGAUCUCCGACGUCGACUUCCAGAACGAGGUCAGCGCGUACGGGAUGAAAGGCUUCCCCGGGGACAUGAACGACGACUGGAUCCUCGAAAUCGAUCAUGGCUCCGGCGGCGACCGCGAGAGCUGGAAGCGGCUGAGGACGCUGCGCACGCAGUUCAAGCUCAAGCACGCUCUGAGUGGCUGUUAUCUGUUUUCGCACAAGGUCAAGCUGCCUGAGUGGGGCUUCGAGCAGCAGGAGGUGACGUGCAACAAGAAUGCGGUCCGGGAGAACUCGCUGUGGUAUGUCGAGACGAAUACCCACCAGAUGUUACCGCAAAACGCGCCUAAGGUCAACUACAAGCUCCCGGGCUUCUUCGGCAAGUUCAUCGAGCUCCAGCAAGUAAUGUGGAGGACCAAUGCAGGCUUAACCGAUCGCCACGCAUACGACUCGCGACCGGAUGCGUGGCCACGUUUGCUCCGAGGCAUCAACUUUUGGGUGAAGGACCACCGCCAGAUUUACCUCAUCGGUAACCCCAUCAUCUGGUGGAUGAGCACGCUCGCCGUUCUUAUCUACGCCAGUGCUCGCGGUCUCCUCAUUCUACGUGAAAAACGCGGAUUCCGGGACUUCGAUAAUACCAAAGUGGUCAAGUACGAUCACCUCUGUGGUUUCCUCUUCAUGGGCUGGUGUCUGCACUACCUUCCCUUCUACCUCAUGAACCGCCAGCUGUUCUUGCACCACUACCUCCCUGCCCUUUACUUUGCCAUUUUACUGUGUUGCUCCGUGUUCGACCUCGCGACAUCGACGCUCAAAGCGCGAGUGCGGUUCGGAAUUGCCGCUAUCCUGAUCGCCAUCGCCAUCGCCACCUUCUCACACUUUAGCCCGCUGACAUACGGCAGCGCGUGGACCAAGAAGGAGUGCCAGGACGCCAAAUGGCUUAAGACCUGGGAUUUCUCGUGCAAUGAUUUCUUGGAUGACUACUCUGGCUACGCAAACUUGGCUACUCCUGCCAGGUCUGCGGUACCCGUGCGACCUCAAGGCGGCCGCGGCGCCGCUGUCGUCAACAACAAGCCCGUGCAAGACGCCGAGCACACGAGCAGCGUCAUCAUGCAAGCGCCCGAACCGGGCCGCGACGCUUUUGCGCAGGAGCCCGUGCGCGACAUCAAGAGCGCCCCGCCGCCGCCGGGGCAGCAGGUGCCUCCUCCGCCGCAGUCCGACGAGAUUAGCUCGGAUCCGCCCGCGCCCGCCGAGCCGGCCGCGAAAGCGGACGACGAACCAGAAGAGAAGAAGGCGGUUCCCGAAGCCGAAGCGGAGACGGCGCCCCCCAAGGCGGCCGAACCAGAGACGCAACCGUCGCCGGUGGUCGACCAACCCGCGCCUCCCGUCGUCAAGGCUGAGGCCGAGGCACCGGAGGUACCUGCGCAGGGCAAACCUGCAGGUCCGUUAGGCGAGGACGACGCGGAGGCGGCGCGUAUUGCUCAAGAGCUGUAUCCGGACGAAGGUGGGCAGUGAGGAAAAGUACAUACACCGUCGUUCGUUCGUAAUUUGCUGUUUGUCUAUAUUAUACCGGGGACACUCCUUUGCUUUGGGUAGACGCGAUAGAAUCGCAAAAUUACCGUCAUGUAAUAACAUAAGUAUUAGCAGAGGUCUAAAAAUAUCCGAACUCCG